GCGGAAGUAGCAGACCGUUGUUUUGCUUAACAAGUAGCUAGUGCGAAUAGCCUAGCACCUUCUUAUUAUUGUCUUUUCUGUAAGCAGUAACCAGAAAAGAAACAUCCAUGGUCAGGAUGACCCAGAAGCACUGCCUGGAGGGCCAGGUGUAUUCAGUGCCUCUCAUCCAGCCAGACCUGAGGAGAGAGGAGGCUGUUAAUCAGAUAGCAGAUGCGCUACUCUACUUGGAGACCAUCUCUACAGACAUCUUCAGAAGGGUGUCUGAGAGUGUAGAGAAGAACCGCCGCCAGCUGCAGACCGUCACUGACCGGAUCAAACUAGCUCAGGCCCGUGUCGACAAGAUCAAAGGCAGCAAGAAGGCCACCAAGGUUUUCUCCAGUGCCAAGUAUCCUGCCCCAGACCGACUCCAGGACUACUCAUCUAUCUUUUCUGGAGCUACAGACCCCACCUUACAGACACGCCCUCGACAUAGGAUACAGAACAAACUUCGACCCUUUGAUGAGAAGGCCUUACAGGAGAAGUUAAUGUAUUUCCCAGUGUGUGUGAGCAAUAAGAAGAAGUCUGAAGAUGAGACAGAAGAGGGGUUGGGCAGUCUGCCACGCAACAUCUCCUCUGUCAGCUCCUUGUUGCUUUUUAACACCACCGAGAACCUAUAUAAGAAAUAUGUGUUCCUUGAUCCUCUGGCGGGAGCCGUGACAAAAACACACACAACACUAGAGACGGAAAAAGAAGAGAAACCAUUUGAUGCACCAUUGUCCAUUACAAAGAGAGAACAGCUGGAUAGACAGACAGCAGAGAGCUAUUUCUACGUGCCAGAUCUGGGUCAGGUGCCUGAGAUAGAUGUGCCAUCCUACCUGCCAGACCUGCCAGGUAUUGCAGAUGACCUGUCUUAUAGUGCAGACCUGGGGCCUGGCUUCGCGCCAUCAGGACCAACACACAACAUCCCUGAGCUGCCAUCUUUCUCUGAGGAGAGCAGCAUACCAGGAUCUCAGCUCCAACCUAAUGCUCCACCUCCCCCGCCGCCUCCCCCUCCUCCUCCUGAGCCCACCCUCGCUCCAGCCACUCCUGCAGGAGCUCCCCCUCCUCCACCUCCUCCACCACCUCCUCCUGCAGAAAGCACCUCAGAAGCCUCUAAAGUGCCAAGCUCAGGCCCUGUGUCUGGUGCUCCCAGCGAUGUGGUUCAACCGUCAGAUGGCCGAGCCAGUCUCCUGGAGUCCAUCCGUAACGCCGGAGGCAUCGGCAAAGCCCAGUUACGCAACGUGAAAGAGCGCAAGUUGGAGAAGAAGAAACAGAAGGAGCAAGAGCAAGCUGUGGGAGCGGCUUCUAGCGGUGGAGACUUCAUGUCUGAUCUCUUCAAUAAGCUUGCCAUGCGCAGGAAAGGCAUCUCUGGUAAAGGUCCAGCAGGUGGGGAGUCAGGGGAAGUUCCUGCUGGUACCGGCGGAGCAUUUGCCAGGAUGUCAGACGUCAUCCCACCACUUCCUGCUCCACACCCAACAACAGACGACGACGACUGGGAGGCAUAACACAAUGAAUGACGAACACUGAAAGCACUGAUAAUUGAAGCAUUUGAUAGUCUCGGGUUAUUUUGUGUACAAAGGACUUAAAUUUUUUUCCUCCAGAUGACUCAACAAGAAUAUUAUAAAAAAGUAUUAAGUUCUCCUGCUGACAGAAGCUGUUAGUGUAAAAUGGGCAAUAAUUGGCCUCAUUAUGCCAAUGAGUGCAGUGGUUUGUCUAAAGCAGUUGAAGAAAACAUCACUGAAACGGAAAUGAUGAAACAAUUUAUUGAUUGCAUAUUCAUUGUGAAGCAUAUUUUCAUCUAAUUAAACUAGCAGUUAUUCAAACCAUAACUUAGAUCAAGGAACCGUCUCACUAACAUCUUUCUAUUAAAUAAAGCAAUCCUUGCAUUACAUAACACUUCAUGUCGAGCGCUUUAAAUAUUUAAGAUUUCAGUCACAUGGACGGCAGUGAUGUGCUUGAUAUCUGCGCAGGAGCUGUUUCAGUAAUCCAUUUCAACAUGCUGAAUUUAAAAACGUUUUUCUUUGUCUCCUGCAACAUGUUCCAGACUGAAUUUGCAGAUAUCCCAGCAAUACAUCCUCAUUUAGCCUUUGUCUUCAUUGUGCCAUCAAACACUUAUGUUCAUUCUUCUCUGAAUAAUCUCAACUUGUCUAAACAAGAGAUGUUAGCAGGUCAAAGCAUACCACAAGACAGACUAAAUCUAAACAUUGAAAUGUAAAAUAAAGCAAUGAAGCACUGAAAACUGAAAAACUGCCUCCCUGGAUGAUUGCUGAGCUGAGCCUGGAGCAGUCAGGUC